CGCUACAACAUCACCAUGAAUGUCUUAGCAAUUCUUGCUCUGUUUGGAGCUAUCGUGGCCUGCCAAGCCUAUCGUAAAAAGGGAUACGGAUACAGUGGAUAUGGAGGUGGAUAUGGCGGCCUAGGUGGUUAUGGCGGAUAUGGUGGAGGCGGUUAUGGUGGCGGAUACGGCGGUUAUGGUGGCGGCCUUGGCGGCUACGGUGGCGGUUAUGGCGGAUAUGGUGGCGGUUAUGGCGGAGGUUAUGGCGGCUAUGGUGGCGGAUAUGGCGGUUAUGGUGGUGGUUAUGGAGGCGGCUAUGGCGGCUACGGUGGGGGAUACGGCGGUGGCUACGGUGGUGGCUUUAAAAAGGGAAUAGGUUAUGGAGGCCUUGGUGGUUACGGUGGCGGCUAUGGCGGUUAUGGUGGCGGUCUUGGUGGUUAUGGUGGUUACGGUGGCGGCUAUGGUGGUUAUGGUGGCGGUUAUGGCGGCGGUCUUGGUGGUUAUGGCGGUUACGGUGGCGGUUAUGGUGGUUAUGGAGGCGGUUAUGGUGGCGGCUAUGGCGGCGGCUACGGUGGCGGUUAUGGUGGCGGCUAUGGCGGCGGCUACGGUGGCGGUUACGGUGGAGGCUAUGGCGGAAAAAAAUACUGAACACAGACCCAUCCAUUUCAUUGACACCAUUGACUGUAUUACUAUGUUGCAAUAAAAAUGUAUAACUCCAA